AUGGAUGGUUUUCCAGAGAAAAAGGAACACCACAGGGACAAAGUAACUCUAGUGAACGAUUAUGUUGAAGAUGAUUCUGAAGGAGGGAAACCUUCUUCAAGAAAACGAACCAUUAUGCGGACCACCCUCAUCUUUGUGGCUAUGUCACUCGUGGUUUGUGGAGCCAUACUCACAGCAACGUUGUUGACUCGGAAAGAGCAAGUUACUGAGCGUUUAGUGGAAGUCAACUUGGAACCAGGUGAAACUCUGUUGUAUCAAGUUGAGCAAGUCCUUGAAGUACGGAGCGGAGAGCUUCAGAAAGGGACACUAAGUACCAUCGUUGCACUUCAAGUGAUAAACAAGACUUCAGAAGAGUAUUGGUUCGUUUUUAAGAUCGUCAGCAUUAAUGCUGAAGGAGAAAACUUGGAAAAAAUCGGUAACGUGACCCGAGGAAGAUCGUUAUAUUUUCUGGUUAGGGUUGAGCGCACUUCAAGGUCUGAGGAAAAGAAAACGUCAAAAUUCACCAAAGCAGACGAGUCCUUUGAAUUAUACGGAAACCCAGAGUCCGACGUAGAGUUAACUCGUUAUGCCCGAGCCAUACUUACACAGCUUCUCCCAACUGUUGAGCGCAACCUUUACGAACGUGUAGACGGAGAGAAACCAGACCCAAAUUCCGAGCCAAAACCUGAAAAAUCUUCCAUGUUUCCCGGUAUUGUGAAGAUGCACAGAGAAGCAAACACAUCGGAAAAUGACGAACUUUUUAUUAAAAACAAAUUCAAUCGGUCGGAUGUCACCAAUAUGACAUCUGACAUCGACUUGGACAUGUCAUAUGCUGAUUCAUCCGUUCUUAAUAAGAGCAACGGCGUGGUAACAAAAGGUGAAGUCCACUUAACUGAACAACUAAAUUUCGGAGAGCCAGUUCAGUUUAAGAAAGGAUCCACAGCCAACAUGAUGAACGUUUUUUUCACGAGUAAGGUUACUCUUCUUGAUGAUGAGGAAUCUCGGAAUAGCUAUCUUGAAGACAAGGAAUUACCAGAUGUUGAUGUUCGUGAUUUCGUCAAACUCAUUGAGCCAAAAUCUGACCAAACAUUCAGGGUGAAAACCUCUGAGAGAGAGGCUCUGAACGAGCCUUCCGCUGAUUCAAACGAAAUGAACAGCACGUCCGCUGACGAAAAUGAGCGAGAGACAAACUUGACAACAGCAUCGCACGACUCGAGACAUCGAAAUCGCAGACAAAACGUUGUUCAAAAGUUCCUUACUGCUCCCCGACAAAGAACGUUCACACUCUUUGAGAAAAAAAUUAUUGGCAUAAAUAUGAAAGUGGAAAGUACUGUUCGAAUUGAAUCAAUUAAAAAGGUAUUCAACCUGAAGCUUGACAAGACCGAGUUGUCUUUGGCUCUGAAGGGCUUUAGUCUUUCGAUACUUGGUGUGGUCACACUACAUCUGGAAUAUUCUAUUGGGGCAAAAGCUAGUCUCGCAGUGAACCGAGGCACACCAUCACCAUCCUGGUUAGGCGUAACGGUCACACCCUCCCUAUCAGUAACAACUUCUUUGCAUGGAUCUGUAGCCGUAGUGAUUAUAAAGGCUGGGGUGGACGGGAACGGAGACUUGAUACACGGAAGUCUUCCAGUCAGCGUGUCGUAUGAUGAAAAUCGUCCUUCCUACAGGGAUACUUGCGUGGAUGUUUCAGCUGAUUUACGGCUCCUUGACCUGGGAGCCCGUGUCUUCUACCAAUGGAGAAAAUGUUGGUUGGACUGGUGGAGGCUUAGAUGCAAGUGGGGUUCUCGACGCACCUUGUUCAGUUUUGGCCGAAGCUCUGCCUUCAGUUUGAGGCGAAAUAUAAGAAAUGAAUGUUACUGA